UGCAGUGCGGCCAUGGCGCAGCCGGGGCCUGCUGCCGGUACCGGUACCGGACGGGUGGCACUGGCACUGGGGGCGGCCGGGGCCGGGCUGGGCCUGCUCUGCCUGCUCCGGACAUGGAGCACCCGCAGCGGACAACGGGAGGAACCGGCGGCGGCCGCAGGGCGAAGGAGCCACGCCAUGACCAGAGCACUGACUCCUGUGGAGGCAGGUGAUGGUGCUGUGCACAGACCUCUCCCAGGCCACGAGGAGCUGCUGGAUGUGCUGGAGCAGCUUGACUUCGUGGUGAGGAACCUGUCUGAGCUGAGGAAGGAGGUGGAGGAGCUACGGAACAGCCUGCAGAGCCUGGCUGCGGACAUCGUCUGUGAGGUCAGGUCCCACCUGGAAGAAACCCAGAAGGUUUCUCGCCGGAGACGCUUUCCCUUUCCCAGAGAAAGAAGUGAUUCCACCUGCUCCAGUUCCAUUUAUUUCACAGCCAGCUCAGGAGCAGCCAACACGGAUGAUGGGGAAAGUGAAGGAGGGUACAGCACAGCCAAUGCUGAGUCUGACUACGACAGGGAGUCUGAGAAAGACAGUGAGGAAGGGGAAGAUGAAGUGAGCUGUGAAACAGUGAGAACUGCACGACGGGAUUCCCUGGACCUGGUCAACGAGGAUGAAACCCACUUAGUCCUGGAUUCCUCACUGGAGGAAGGGCUGGAGCAGCUCCUGCAGCAGGCUGACCGCUUGCACAGUGGGGAUGAGCAGGAGAGGAGAGAGGGGUUCCAGCUGCUGCUCAACAAUAAGCUGGCGUAUGCAGAGCAGAAGGACUUCCUCUGGCGCCUGGCCCGGGCACACAGUGAUAUGUGUGAGCUCACAGACGACGCAGAUGAGAAGAGAUCCUACGCAGCUGAUGGCAAAGAAGAGCUGGAAAUUGCCUUACAGAAAGGGGCCCAGAGUGCUGAGUGCCACCAGUGGUAUGCUAUUCUCUGUGGGCAGCUGGCAGAACAUGAGAGUAUCCAGAAGCGCAUUCAAACUGGGUAUGUGUUUAAGGAACACAUCGAUAAAGCAAUUGAACUGAAACCAGAGGAUCCACAGUCCUACUAUCUUCUGGGGAGGUGGUGUUACCAGGUUUCACACCUGGGAUGGCUUGAGAAGAAGACAGCAUCUGCUCUGUUUGAAGCUCCUCCAACAGCCACUGUACAGGAUGCACUGCAGAACUUCUUACGGGUUGAGGAGCUGAGCCCAGGGUAUUCCAAGGCAGGAAGAAUGUACAUUUCCAAGUGUUACAGGGACCUGGGGAACAAAGCUGCUGCUGUUCUCUGGAUGAACCUUGCUUCUGAGCUGCCUGUUAAUACAAAAGAGGAUGCAGAGAGUGAGAGAGACCUCGAAGAGAUGCGCUCAGCCUGGGAAGAGUGAAUGUGGAAAACUCAUUCCUCUUGGUACAGCACAGACAGGAAACCCCAGUCAGGGGUUCCAUGAUCCCGACAUUCCCUUCAUGGAGGAGCCAAUGGAGUUCACAGGAAGAACCACACAGCAGGAGGAGCUCGUGGUGGGAUGUGAUGGGAUCAAACUGUGUCUGGUUCCCUUCUUCCAGCACUGACCAUGUUGGGUUUUAAACUCCUCCAAAACGUCCAAUUCCUGACAAGUGGCUUGUGUCUGUAGGUAGAAUCUGUGAUAUACAAUCAGUUGUGGUUGUAGGGAUCAUAGCUACGUGUGAGAUAUAACAAUACACCCUAAUCUGUACCUGUUUUUACCUACACAUAGAUUUUAUAUCACCAGCUCUACCCCACAGCCUGCACUGGAGGCCUCAGCGGGUGCCUGAGGAAGGCUGUGGCCACAUUGUCCUUCAGCUUGGCCCUUCUCUCCCCUUACUAACAUGGAGGGAUUGAAUCAGCUGAAAGAACUGACUCCUCUGCCUAUGCUUGGGUGAGGGCACAUCCCAAGGCUCUGUGCUUGGUGCCUUUACCAGUGUGAUGCUGCACUGGAGUCAAAUGGGCACUGAAACUGUGACUGAAGAAAGACCAUAACCAAAAACCCCAGACAAUGACUUCCAAUGAGUUGUCAGCCCCAUUCUUCCUUGCUGGGAAGAGCUUGAUGGGGGUAUCCAGAACCCACCAGUACUUCCCAGCUAUGCCUGACCUCCCUUACUGGUUUUCCCCUGCUUGCUCUAAGGAGUUAUUACUGGGGACCAAAGAGCUUUCCUUCACAAUGUGAUGUGAUAAUGUAGUCUGAAGAGAGCUGAUUUAUGGAUGGAUCACAUAGGGAAUGUGUGUGAUGCUUCCCUGUGAUGGUCUGGACCAAGGAGGUGGUACCAGGAAGGUGAAGCCACCACUGCCAUUGCCUCUGCCAGCUCCUGGUACCAAACAGCAGCAGAGAACUGCUGCUCACUGCCAUGGAUGGGGAAGCAGAACCUGUGCUCAGAGAGUUCCCUGUGUACUUAGCAAGGCUUCCUUGAUCUCCCCUUGAAUCCCAGUUGGCAGCUAACCACACACUAAUGUCUGUCACGUCUUGCCAUGCUCUGUAAUGUGUGCAGUGUAAAGGGAACUGCUGCAAGAGUAAAGCAUUUCUUGAUCCCC